AACGCUACUUUAUCAUUAUGGAUUACAAAAAUGAAUUUCAAUCUGAUGAUGACUUCGAUUGCUCGAACAGUUACAGCGAUAACUUCCAGCAACAAUCAAAUGGAGCGCAAAAUCAAUUUAAUACCUCUCAAGGCCGUUUAAAUAAUGCCUCGGGUUUAUCGAAAGCCGAAUUGAGAAAGACCAAUAAACCUAUUAUGGAAAAACGUCGCCGUGCACGCAUUAAUCACUGUUUAAAUGAAUUGAAAUCUUUGAUAUUGGAAGCCAUGAAAAAAGACCCGGCCCGUCAUACCAAAUUGGAAAAGGCUGAUAUCUUGGAAAUGACUGUUAAACAUUUGCAAUCUGUGCAACGGCAGCAGCUAAAUAUGGCCUUGCAAACCGAUCCCACCGUUAUACACAAAUUCAAGACUGGCUUUAUGGAAUGUGCCGAUGAGGUGAAUCGUUAUGUUGGCCAAUUGGAUGGUGUGGAGGAUGGUGUACGCCAAAGACUAAAUAGCCAUUUAAACAAUUGUGCCACCAGUCUGGAACAAAUCGGUUCUAUGACCAAUUUCUCCAAUGGCUAUCGUAAUGGUGCUUCCAACAACUUAUUUGGUAAUAAUAUGCCUCUCAAUGUACCCACCGCUACAUCUCUGUUUCCUGCUUUGCCACAAGAUUUGAAUAAUAAUCCUGCUGCCGGCAUACAAAUGGGUGGUGUUCAAUUGAUACCCUCCAGAUUACCCUCGGGAGAAUUUGCUUUAAUUGUGCCAAAUACUGCUAACAAUACUACUACAGUCAAUGCUGCCCUAAUUAACAACAAUUCCAAUCCUGCUUUUCCCGCUUGGCCAUCUAAUGCCUCCAACUCAGCCGCCACUUCUAACAACUCAGCACAAAUCAAUGAUUUUGCCGCCAAUUUUAAGAGACUAAGUGCUUUCUCUAAACCCCAAAAUACGUUAAUAAAUCCUCUUAAAGCUAAUGCUGUGAAUAGCUUUCCUCAACAAACUUUAAACACCAAUGCCAACUAUCAACAUCCAACACACAACCAACAGCAUCAGCAAGCUUUCCACAGCACCACCACCACCAGUCCCCCCUUAAGUCCGAUUUCUUCUGUCUCUAGUCAUAAUGAGGACUCUAUAAUGCAUACUAGCUCCGAUUUCGCCACUUCGCGUUCGGUUUCACCACGCCAGGAUAAACACAACAAUACCUUUUCGGGUGUCUUUGCCUCACCGCCCUCAAGUGCCGAGAAUUCGUUUGUCUUUACAGCUGCUGGAAAUUUGCAACAGCAACAGGUUUCCUCCACCAGCAGCAGUGAUUUGAAUACCAGCUCUAGUUCCUCAUUGAAAAGAUCCUUUUCGGAAACAGCCGAUUCAAGUAUUUGCUCGGAAGAUGAGCACUCCAGCAAGAAAUAUCAAAAGCAGCAACAAGAUGAAGAAGAUCAGGAUAGUAUGUGGAGACCUUGGUAAAAACAAAAGAUCAAAAAUAUUGACUUAAA